CCUCCUCCCUCUCCCCUGUACGGGGAAGCCGAGAGACGUCAGGCCGAACCGGAGAGAUUAGCAGGCGCUUUAAGUGGAUUAGAAAGCAGCAGAGGCAAAGAGAAGAGAGGAGAGGCGAGAAGUUGGCGGAGCAGGCGCCCCUUUGCGAGUUGCUUUCAGCGGGCUGGCCAGGCGCGCUCCCUCGUCCGGCUUUCCUUUCUGGCUUGGAAGAGCCCCGCCAUGCCCCAAACAGUGGCUCUGAACGGUCCUUCGCCAUGGGGGUUCCGCCUGGUCGGAGGGAAAGAUUUUAGCACUCCGCUGACUAUUUCCCGGAUAAAUCCGGGAAGUAAAGCUGCUCUUGCUAACCUUUGCCCAGGUGAUGUCAUUUUGUCAAUCAAUGGUGACAGCACAGAAACCAUGACACAUUUAGAAGCACAAAACAAGAUCAAAGCUUGUCUGGAUCAACUGAUACUGUCUGUGAAGAGAGCUGAAGGCAAGGUUUGGUCACCUAAUACUGUAGAAGAUGGAAAAGCACAAGCUUAUCGUGUCAGUGUAGAACCUGAAACACAGGAUAAUGGACCUGUUCCAAAUAGGAGACCCAUGGCCUUUUCACCUGGAGGAAGUCCAACAGACAACAAGCAGACCUUAAAUUUGCAAUUCAAUAAUCCUUUACGUCUGUAUGCAAACAACAGUCCAGAUUCUAGUUUACCUUCACAGAUGAGUGGUCUCCAUAUCACAACUCCCCAAAGUGCUGAUCCUCUAAGGUCUCUCCCAAGGAACAAAAAUGGAAUUGACACAGACUCGGAUGUGUACAAAAUGCUACAAGAUCAUGAAAGGCCUGUUUCAGAACCUAAGCAGUCAGGAUCUUUCCGGUAUCUGCAGGGCAUGUUGGAAGCUGGAGAGAAUGGUGAAAAGUACGACAAAGUGACCAGUCCAAGACACAUUAAAUCUCCCGUCCCUAAACUGGGUGGAGCCAUGUCUGGCUUGCAGGUGCUCCCUGAGUGUACCAGAUGCGGUAAUGGCAUUGUUGGCACAAUAGUGAAAGCCCGUGACAAGCUCUACCAUCCAGAAUGUUUCAUGUGUGAUGACUGUGGCCUCAAUCUGAAGCAAAGGGGCUAUUUCUUCAUUGAGGAACAACUAUACUGUGAGACGCAUGCCAAGGAAAGGGUUAAACCACCAGAAGGAUACGACGUGGUAGCUGUUUAUCCCAAUGCCAAAGUUGAACUUGUUUAAGUAGUUACUUCUAUUUCCCAGCCAGGUCGAAAGGGCUAAAAGAGAGUCAAAAAAGGGUUUAUUCUCAGUAAAAUAUCUUUCAGAGAUCAAAUGAAUUACCCUUGUGACCUUAGGUGGGACAGUAUUGGUUGCAGAAAACCUUUGGAAAACAAUCACUUUCCCCCAUUUCUUAUAAAACUUUGCUUUUUGGUUGCUGUGCUGAAGUUUAAAAAAAAUCUGCAAAUAAUAUUUGCUGUAGACCAUCCAAAAUCUAUGUAAAAAUAGAUGCUUUUUAAAAAGAACUUUUCCACAUACAACCAGUAUUUUUUUUUGUCCCAUUUAAAAAUAAGGCACUUUAAGAACUGACAGUUUAAAGCAUUGCAUUAAAUUUGACUUUUUGUCAGUAAUAUAGAUAUACGAUAAAUACAGCUUUGUGGCUUUCAGGGUAUAAAACACUGAGACCAUGUUUAAUUAUUAUUGUUAUUAAUAUAGUUAGAGAAAUUCUCUUAUAAAUCCUUUCUCAAGUGGUGUUGUUAUAAUUGCUGCCUAUUUGUUAUUUUAGUUAUGUUCAGUAUCUAGGAAACAAAUGCCUUUUUAUUUGCAAAAAAAGCAAAAUCUUUUUUGAGUUGAGCUUUACUCCUAGUGACUGCAUACUUGGGCUACCAUAUCUAAGCUGCAAAAAAUUGUACAUCCAUUAGAAGGCCAGCAGCAAGCUAGGGGGUUCUGUAUGUUUUGUGCCCUCUAUGGUUGACUGUUUUGCAGCCCAGAUGUGGUAGCCUUAUUCACGGACAUGGACACCUAAUUUUCUUGGUAAUAAUACAAAAGUCAUUUCACCUUUUUCCUGAAACAAUCAAAGUGAUAAAGAAGAGCCCCUUUUGUCAUCCUUGUGACAGAUGGUAGCAUUAGCAGCUGGAAUUUUCCGCUUGCCUAAUCCUGCCCUUUUACUUUUCCUAAAGAAAACAUUAUUGGAAACCCAUAAUUGAUCCUCUGUUGGUUAAGAGCAGUGAGCAGGUUAAAGAUGAUUUGUGUGUUCUCACUCCUUCUAGAUCAUCUGAUGCUGUCAGUUGUAAAGAUCAAGAACUCUCAAAUGUAAAAUUCUCUGUAAACAAAAAUGUAUGGAAUGCAUGUACAGCAAAGAAUCAGAUAUAACAGAAUAUUUACACAUGAUACCAACGUUUUUUCUUUUCUCUUGCUAUUAUUCCUUUGUAUCAAAUCACACAGCCAGCUAUUUCUACUACUUUCUCCUUUGUGUUUAAACCAUAAGAUUUUAUAUUCAAGCCUGGAAUAUAGAACCAUUCUGAGGUUCAGUGAAUUUUGAAUUUGAAUAUUCAUCUCUGGGGCCAACAUCAAUUCAGUCAAUAUAAAAGAAAUCUUGAUAACAACAGGGCAAAGACCACACUGUUAUUUUUGACUUGAGUUUUCAGAACUGAAAAUCCCUGGACGUACUGAAGUCUUUUCAUGUUUGAAUGAAUUGAAUGAAAUGCAGAAAAGUCCAUAAAUUAUAAGAAAAUUAAGCUUCAUUUCAGACAAAUAGAUAUAGAAGAUAAGACAGACAGACAGGCAUUUAUUUCUUGAUAACAUAGGAUGAAACUUGCCCAGUGUGAAAACCACUUUGUUUUAACAAGUAAAAUGUAGCAACAAGGAUGAAGAAAAGUAUGUACUUUUAGUUAAAACAAAGUUCUCUAUGCUAUUAACAUAUUGUCUGUGUUGUUAGGGUUCUCAUUUAAAGAAGCUUGAUUGACUGAGUUUAUUUUUUUUCUAUCUGCAGUUGUUAUAAAUGUAUAUAUUAAUAAUCAUUUAGCCAGCAAUCCAGAGGGAAUCACACUCUGUCAGCCAUAUAAGCUAUAGUAGAAGAGACAUAAGCUUUUCCUCCAUCUUUUUUCCCCUUUGCCCUCCACCUGCAUACUUUUGUUGUAAAGGACUAGUGAAAUUCUCAUACAUGGAAAGCUGCUGAUCUUCUUCCCUUGAAGUGCCUACAAAAUUACAUCUGGUAGCUUUCUGCCUGCCACUGCUUGCAAGGAAAAUACUGAUGAUGUCCUUUCAGAAGGGCCACUUCUGUUACAUCCUAUUUUUAGCCAUCAGUAACAGGAAAGGUAUCUCAACAUUGCAUUGCUGUUUUGGUUUUUCUUUGUGUUUUUUUGCUGACCAAUUAAACAGGAAUUAUUUUUUUAGGGUUAAACUAGUUAAUUAGUUACUAAAGCAUUGCAACACUUUUAUUUUCACAUUAGCUCUAUUAUGCAAAGUUUCCUGUCAGGUGGGAAAACAGCUCUAUUUGAACUCUUCAAUAGCUUCCAACUCUAAGUGAAGAGUUGUAAUUUUAUUACCAUUUAUCACUAGUUUGUAUGGUUUUCUAACCUAAUAUUUGUGUUUUUCUCUUCAUGGAAUCAUUUCAGUAAAUCAGGGAAUACUUAUGUAUUAUUAUAGUUAUCAUUAAUCAAAGCAAUAUUGUUGUUUCUUGGUUGCCAAGCGAUAACUAUUUCUUUUGCAACAGUUGUAGACAUUUGCUCCAAUUUGGCUUAUUUGUGUUGAUCCUUAGGGCCCCUAGGUAUGAUUAUGCUGUUUCAUGGGUUUGAAGUGCUCUGUGGAACACAUACUGUGAGACUACAAUUUUACAAAUUGCUGUGUGCCUUUAAAUUCAGAAUUGGUAUCUAAUUUCUGGUCCUUGAAAUCCAGCUGAUAAUUCACAAUAUCUGGUUUUAUUGAAGGGUCUCAGUUUCUCUCACAUCUCUUUUGUCCUUUCAUUAUCAAGUGAAUUUCAUAAACAAGCAAUCUUUCUUGACUUGUAAUUAGGAUUUUGCCUGUAGGGUGCAUUCUAACGAAGCGGCAGACUGCCUGUCCGUGGUCCUUUGCACAAGUGCCUUGAAACAGCCCCCAGGAUUUCCAGACUAGAAAUAAAGGUGUUUUUAUAAGUGGGUGAGCAAUUUACCUUUAUGCCUUGUGACUGUUUCUUGAAAUUAAAUUCAGCCAUUAUUUUUAAUCGGAUACAAGAUUUGAUUAAGUUGGUUUUGCAUUAAAACUUUCUACUUG